UUGCGUCCAUCUUCCCAAAACCAAACCCCAUUGUUUCGCCCCUGCAAGAAAAUGGCUUCAAAUUUCAACCCGAACCCAAACCCAAACCCAAACCCUUCUCUCAUUCUCCCAAUCCCACAACACACGAAACCCCAAACCAACUUCCCUCAGAAGCCACCACCUCUCCCCGCCGACCCAGAUCCGAAACUCAUGAUAACCGGCGGCGCCAAGCUCUCCGGCCAUGUUCCCAUCAGCGGCUCCAAGAACUCAGCUUUGUCUGUAUUGGCCGCCACCCUUUGCUGCUCCGGCUCUUCGAAGCUCACAAACGUCCCCAAUUUGUCCGAUACGCGAACAAUGGCCUCCAUUUUGGGCUCUUUGGGUGCCCAAAUUGAGUUUUCCGGCAACGACGUCAUCGUGAAUUCGGAUCGGGUCGGGUCCGUGGAGCCCGAUGCUGCACUCGUCGGCGAUAUCAGAGGUGGCUUUUUCGUCGUCGGACCUUUGCUCGGCCGAUUCGGUGAGGCCGUCGUCGCCUUGCCCGGUGGUUGCGAUAUUGGGGCCCGGCCCGUGGAUAUCUACAUUCGCGGGCUUCGGGCUCUUGGCGCUGUUGUUGAAGUUAGGGAGAACAAAGUGGUGGCACAUGCUGCAAAUGGGAAAGGACUUGUUGGCGGGAAGUUUCGACUCGACUACCCUAGCGUGGGAGCAACCGAAACUCUAAUGAUGGCAGCGUGCUUGGCCGAAGGGAAAACACUCCUCUCGAAUGUCGCUCGAGAACCGGAAAUAUAUGAUCUUGCUUGCUUCCUAAUGAAGAGUGGGGCCCAAGUGGAAGGUGUGGGCUCGGACAAGAUUUGCAUCUACGGAAAUAAUCGAUUGCACGGCACGGAAUAUGGACUUAUGCCGGAUCGAAUUGAAACGGGCACUUUCAUACUUGCUGCUGCAAUUACUCGAUCUUCCAUUUCUCUCUCGCCUGUUUUUCCUAACUGGCUAUCGAGUUUGAUUGACAAGCUAUUAUAUGCUGGAUGCAAAAUUACACACAAUCACGACACUUUGGAGCUUUCGAGCAGUAAAGAGGAAUUACGAGGUUUUGAUAUAAGAACACUUCCUUACCCGGGAUUCCCUACGGAUCUCCAACCUCAGACAAUGGCGUUGCUUUCGACAUGCAAUGGUUUAAGCAUUGUCCAAGAAUCCGUGUUUGAAAACCGCAUGACUCAUGUGAAAGAAUUGGAGAAGCUUGGAGCCAAAAUACAGGUUUGUGGGAGUACUGCAUUGAUCUAUGGACUAGAGAAAGGAAAUAAAUUGAGUGGGACAAGAGUUGUUGCUGCUGAUUUAAGAGGCGGGGUGUCGUUAGUGUUGGCUGGAUUAGCUGCUGAGGGUAUUACCGAAGUUAAUGGGUUGUCGCAUAUUGACCGUGGUUACGAGAAUUUGGAGACGAAGCUUCGACUACUUGGAGCUCGUGUCGAAAGAUUGGAUUUUGUAUAGACCCUUUGGUUGGAGUUUUACCCACCCAUGUAGAGUUUGAUUGUUUCAACUCCAAUAUUUUGUGACAUUUGCUGGUUUCUUA